CUACUCAUUACUGUUCAGUUUGCGAGACCCGAAUAUUGACGAUGGCGCUCUCGAACAAGUUCAAUGUCGGCAUUAUUGGCUACGGCCUCUCGGCCAAAGUCUUCCAGAUUCCUUUCGUCGCCCUGACGGAAUCUCUUGUCCUCCAUUCCAUUGUGCAACGGUCCCCUUCGCCUGGGAACUCCGCCCCCGAGGACCAUCCCUCGGUGAAGCACUUCACCUCAAUUGAGCCCAUGCUCGCAGACCCCGACGUCCAUGUCAUCAUCAUUAGCACGCCUCCCAACACGCAUUUUGAGACUGCGCGCGACGCCCUGCGCAAUGGCAAGCACGUCCUUGUUGAGAAGCCAUUCGUACCCACGUCUGCACAGGCGGAGGAGCUGGCCGCCCUGGCCGCAGAGAAGAAGCGUGUUCUGUGCGUGUACCAGAACCGCAGAUGGGACUCGGACUUCCUGACUGUCCAGAAGCUCAUCCGUGAGGGCACACUCGGUCGCAUCGUCGAGUUUGAGACACAUUUCGAUCGCUUCCGUCUGGAGAAGCCGACGACGUGGAAGGGUCAGCUCAGCAUGGACCAGGCCGGCGGUGUUCUGUAUGAUCUCGGCACCCAUCUGCUGGACCAGGUGUUCGUCCUUUUCGGCAUGCCGACUUCUGUCUCGGCCAAGUUCUUGGACCAGCGUGAGGGCAGAAUUGUUACUGGCGGAAGCGAUGAGUCACAGCAGCCGGACAGCAUCGCGGCUGUUUUGACAUAUGCCGACACCGGCUUACUCGUACAUGUCCGCAUCAGCGUUGUCAGUGUCGAGACCAAGCAGCCGCGUUUCCGCAUCCGCGGCACGAAGGGUAGCUACCAGAAGGCUUUCCUGGACCCACAGGAGGACCAGCUCAGGGGAGGCAUGGCCGCGACUGAUGCUCGGUUCGGCAAGGAGGACGAGUCUCGGUACGGCCGCCUCUGCUAUGUCACCGAGGACGGCAAGAUUGAGGAGAAGGUGUACCCGACCACUGAGCCGGAGACGUACACCAAGAUCUUCGAGGGCUUUGCUAAGGCUCUCGAGACUGGAAACGAAGAUGAUAUCCCCGUCCCCGCAUCUCAGGCCGCCAAGGUGCUCAGGAUUAUCGAGGCCCUCCGGGAGAGUGCCAAGACGGGCCGGGAUGUCGCGCCUUGAAGUCACUUCACAACUAAGAGGCUAGUGAGGGGCGGGCUAGGCGAGAUGUGGCUCUGAGAUAGGUCGACGACCCAGGGCAAUAUAGAUGGCAAUGGGAGAGUAUGAGCGAUAGACAGAUCAAUAGACGCUGAAUGUGGGAUUGGGCAAGCACAUUAUAAUCAGGCACGCAGAUGUAUGUGUUGGGGUAGAUGUCAUUUUUGGUUUCCUAUAAACGCAUAGACAUAGACGGGUUCCAAAAUUCUGU